AUGUUAAGCACACAAAACACUAAAAAGGAUCUCAAAAAUGAAAAAGAAUUAAUACCAUGCUUAUUUUCUUGGUGUGAAGGUGGAAGAGAGGUAUAUUUAGUUGGAUCUUUUAUAAAUUGGGAUAUGAAUAAGAAAUUAAAAAUGGAUAAGUGUAAUGGAGAGUUUUUAUUAACUUUACUAUUAGAAAAAGAGAUAUAUACUUAUAAAUUUUUAGUUGAUGGUCAACUAAAAUGUAGUUCAUCUGUAGCUACAAUGAGAAACUCUAACGGUGAUAUAAAUAACGUUGUUGAUAUGAAAAAUUAUAUUCCUUUUAAUUUUGAAUUAAAAAAAGAUCAAAUAUUUCAAUGUUAUAAGAAAAUAUGGAAAUAUUCUAAACAAAAUAAUUUUGAUAUUGUUUCUAGAAUUACACCAAUUCCAUUAUAUUUAGAAAAUAGUCGUGAUAUAAUAAAACUUAAUUUAAGUACUCCUAGCUUUCUUAGUGAAUCGUUAUGUAACCACAUGUACUUUGAUACAGAUUCAUAUAAAAAUUAUAGCUCAAAUAUCAUAGAAGUGUGUGUUGUUGUAAAAUCAGAAUAUAAUUGUAAAAAAGGAGAGAAAAGAAAAAUAUUAACAAAAUAUAACAUUUUAUCAUACUUCCCUACUUCAAAAAAUGACGAUUUUGUGGGAUCACCUUCAUAUAAUCCACUAAAACAUUUAAUAUCAUUUAAUCAUUAA